CGUACGCCAGACCGAACCAGCGUCAGUGUCGACGGCGGGCAGCCUGUGUUAAAAAUCUAUCCAUCUGUCCAUCUCCUUUUUUUUGGAAAAGCAGCCCUGGGCCCUGCAUCCGUCACCUGCUCCUCUGUCCCACGAUAAUCUUCGGAAGCGGUGAGCUUUUGCAUUCAUGAAGAGAUUUCCGCGGCGAACGUUUUGUGCCGACUACUCAAAAAGGCACAAACAGAGAAUUGAAAAAGGACGUAAUUUUCGCAGUGUAAAGACCCUCAAUGUCGCUGCUCUCAAAAAAGUCCUACUUCCCGAAGAAGCUCUCCGAGUACGAGAAAGUGACUUCAUCUGUCAGAAUUGUUACCGUCGGUUCAAGGAAGACAUAGAUAAUAUGCAGGCAGAGUCGACCGAAACAUUCGAAGAAUUCCGCCCUGGAGAAGAAAUUGUAGAAAAUUUAAACUCCAGUGUUAGCCUUACCUCCGAAAUCUCGCCCCUAAAGCCACCGAGCGCUCUAAAAAAACGCCUCAGACUUUCCUAUGCAAAGCGAAAGCAGGAAGAGGUGGCCAGAGCUGUGGUGACGAAAAUACGAUCAGGGAUACAGGCAGCAUAUAAUAUCCCAGAGACUUCGCGUGCGCCGCAAGAAAAGUGUGCGCAAUGCAGCAGGUGGGAAGACAACCUACAUGCUGCCUACAAUAGGUGUACGUCUUUUCAAGAGCGUUGCCAGCUGCUGACACUGCUACCACGCAACCUAACUGUGAAAUAUGUGCAGGAAGUUAUUCCAGAGGCAACGAGGUACGUUAUUCAAAAAUCGAAGAAGAUGGUGGAUGAAGAAGGCGUAUGGUCAACACAGGAGCGAUAUACAAGAUGUAAGCUACAACACGAAGACAUUACCACCGUUUUAGAAUAUUACACCAUGGAUGAACUCGAUUGCUCUAGACAGACACCGAACAAAAAGGAUGUUGUGAGAAUCGAAAAGGAGGGAGAGAAGGAAUGGGUACCUAAACGGUUCAUGACGCGGUCCUUGCGAGAAGCAUUCCGCCUCUACAAGCAAGCUCACCCUGCCUCCCAGGUUGGCCUCACAAAAUUCAUAUCCUUGCGUCCUAAAUGGGUGAAAUGCUCGCCACAGUGGCAAGUGUGUGUUUGCGUGUGCUGUGCAAACUUUCAGUUGUGCCUCGUGGGACUGCAGAACGCCUCCGGAAGGUCGCUUUCUCCCGAUGAUAUGCAGAGUCUCUGCGUAUGCCAGGAACCUACUGCGUCAUGUUUCCUCAGGAAUUGUGAGCACUGUCCACAAGAUGGCAUUUUCACUUUGGAAAAUUUUGAUAUGAGCAGCGAGGACGAGGUGUUGAUUGCUUCAUGGGAAUACGGCGAGCUAGUUAAAAAAACUAUGACCGCUUCAUCAUUUAUGAGAGAAUUUCUAAGAAUGACCAUGAAAUGGAUUCCCCACAACUAUAUCAGAUCUGUGCAAGCAAAAGCAAUUCAUGAAGAAAAACAAAGCUGCGAGAGAGGUGCAAUUGUUUUGCAUUUUGAUUUCGCCGAAAACUGGACAGUUGUGCUUCCAGACGCAGUACAAGCGUACCAUUGGCAGAAAAAGCAGGUCACCGUGUUUACCUGCGUUGUCACGUCAAGAAAAUCGACUCGGAACUACGCCGUUAUUUCCGACGAUAUGUCUCAUGAUUCAGCUCAUGCAUGUUUGGCUCUGUCAAAAAUCAAAGCACACCUGGAAGACAACGCGCCAAUCUACACCAAGAUAACACAUGUGAGCGACGGGGCUCCCGCUCACUUCAAGAAUAAAUAUCAGUUUCAUGAGCUACAACGCAGUGAAUGUCAAGAGACGAAAUGGAUGUUUUCGGCCACUGGACACGGCAAAAAUGCUUGCGACGGCAUUGGUGGGCUUGUGAAACAUCGAGCAUCACACCACAACUUGCGGAAGCCUGCAAGUGAGGCCAUACAAACAGCCAGCGGCUUCGUGGACGCAAUUCAAGGAACGCUAAAGAAUAUCACCAUUCUGGAGCUCCCACAGAGGGAGCUUGCAGACUUUCGCGAAAUGAAGAAGGAAGAAUGGAAAACGGCAAAGAAAGUGCCUGGAGUUCAGACACUCCACAUGUGGAAGUACGUUCGAUCAAAUGAAGGCAGUGCAUCCUACGUGGCAUCCACCGCUGCUUCGGAAUGGAAGAGACUAUGAUCUGGUUUGUGCUUCGGGCUGGACAAUGUAAUGUAUGCAUACCGAAGUCAACUGCUGCCGUUUAUUGUUACAAUUUUCUGAAUUGCAAUCUGCACAUAAAGCGGCAUGCCAUUUGUAAAUUGUGUCCCGAUUAAAACUCCUGCUGA